AUGGUUGCCGACAGUGCCUUUGAAGGAUGGUGUGGCCUCGAUGCCAACAGCGCCAACGGCAACAUGAAAUGGCAAGGAUUUGAGCCAAAGGCCUGGACCGAGGAAGACGUCGACAUCGAGAUCACUCACUGCGGCGUUUGCGGCUCAGACAUGCACGUCCUUCGCUCCGGCUGGGGAGCAACAGACUACCCGGUUGUGGUAGGACAUGAGAUUGUGGGACGUGCAGUCCGUGUUGGCAAGAACGUCAAGUCCGGAAUCAAAGAGGGGGACCGCGUCGGCGUUGGUGCUCAAGCUGGUUCAUGCCUGCGACCGGAUUGUGACGAAUGCCAGCAUGAUGAUGAGCAGUACUGCAAGUCUGGCUUCGUAAUGACCUAUGGAUCCAAGUGGCCCAACGGCGACAAGGCACAGGGUGGAUAUGCGAAAUACUGGAGAGGUUCUGGACACUUUGUCUUCCACAUUCCGGAAGAACUUUCCAGCUCUGAGGCAGCACCCCUUUUAUGUGGGGGUGUGACUGUUUUUGCACCCCUGAAGCAAAACGGUGUGGGACCAGGGAAACGCGUUGGUAUCAUCGGAGUAGGCGGUUUGGGACACAUGGCAAUUAUUUUUGCUCGAGCUCUCGGGGCUGACAAAGUAUACGCCAUCUCUCGAAAUGACUCCAAGAAGGCCGACGCCAUUAAGAUGGGCGCUGACGACCUCAUUGCAACCGAAGAUGAAGGCUGGAGCGAGAAGUACAAGAACAGCUUGGAUGUGAUCAUCUGCACCGUUAGCUCACCCAAGAUGCCCUUCACCGAAUACCUCAACUUGCUAGAUGUCGGCGGUUCGUUCGUCCAGGUCGGAGCUCCUGACGAGGCGCUUCCACCCGUUCUUCCCUUCGCAUUGAUCAUGAAGAAGGUGUCGAUCAAGGGCAGCUUGAUCGGGUCUCCGGCAGAGAUCCGUGAUAUGUUCAAGGUGGCGGCUGCGCAGAAGGUCAAACCGUGGAUCCAGAGCAGGCCAAUGGCUGAGGCAAACAAAGUUAUCGUGGACUUUGAGGAGGGUCUCCCGCGAUACCGGUAUGUGCUGUAUAACUAG